AUGCCAAACUCGCAGGCUGUAGCUCUAGAAAAGUGGGGCAAGAGUCAAGCAGUUGAAGUACAUAUUGUAAACGUCCGAAGAGGGGAUGUGGGUAACUCUCGGAACAAGCCGGCCGAACGGACUCAGAAGAAGAAGUCCCAGGUCGAAAAGCGCAGAAAGAAGGCUGAAGAAGCCAAUCAAUCUGAACCCGAAGAAGUUGAACCUGUUGCGGCGCGGAAGAAACGACGGUUGCGAACCGCGUCUCCAGCGCCUCCCAGCAAACCCCCCGCAAAGAUCAGCAAAGGCCCGGCCAAGCCCGGCCCCAAAAGCGCAAGAUCCGAAGAGAAAGCUAAGCGAAAGCUGAGUUCGGCAACUUCGAACAAGAACGACGACGAGAACGAGCGUGCCAGCAACCAAGUCAAAAAGGCCAAGAAAGAGCCGACGAUCACACGUCUUUCUGCGCAACAGAAGGAUAGGAUCACGAGAGACGGGCGGGCGUUGUGGAUAGGAUUCCCUCGGAGCAACGAGAGGAUAUCUUCAAGAGGUGCCGUACUGACUGAACUUGAUUCCUUCGUCAGGAAGGUGUUGCAAAACACCCCCGGCGUGGUAGAAGUGUCAAAGCAGGUGACAUUCACCCUAGCAGUGUUUGAAUCGGAGAGUGUGAGAAACUCUGCCAGAACCACACUGCAGGAAGCCACGUUCCGCUUCAACGGAACGCCCGUUGACCACCUCGUCUCUAACUUUGGGGAGCAGGAGGCGGACACUAACACUGUCUGGUUCAUUCCGGCCCCGCUGCACACUUUCAAAGACUUGGUUGAGACGCUUGUCGAAGCAUUUACUGACCGUAAGCUCACACUUCCGGCGUUCAAGGCCCGCAAAGAGCAGAACCAGGGGAUAAACGACAACUACUGGGUAGUCAAAUUUGACUCCCCGCCAGAGUGGCCUAAUAAGCCCGUUUUCCCUUCUGCGCUCGACGGCACGCCCCUCCUCGUCACGACCGACUGGCGCGGCAGUUGCCGUCUCUGCAAAGAGCAAGGCCACCAGGCCUGGGCAUGCACCGGUACGACGCUACUAACCCUAGCAGCACAAGAGUAUUCGCACGAAGGGAAGGUUUACGCAACCUCUCCCAGCGAAUCCGAGAGCGAGAGCGACAUUGAUCCCUCGUCUAUGGACUUAGAUUCCAAAGAAGUGCCAAACAAUUCUGCGCCCAGUGCAAGUAGCAUAUCGGAAGCUCCGAGAUCCCCCUCUACGAAGAAAACCCGCAGGGGUAAGAGGGGAGAAUCCGCAUCACCUCAAACCGCGAACGCUAAGAGGCUCCGAAGGGAAGCCAAAGCAGCGAGGAAGCGGUCAGCUUCUGAGGCAUUACUAACUCCGGGUUGA